CUUGGUUGCAACUCGAACAAUUGGCGGCAUCAGGCACUGCAGCACCCUCCUUCUAAUUUAAGGGCCAAUCGGGUAUAAGCCUGGGCGUCUAGAAGCCCGUGGGCUCACGUUCACUUUCUGACCAUCACCUUCUGUGUUCAAAUUUUUCACAACAACGACCAGUCACUCUUUUUGCGGAUUUCCUUCCCGUCGACCCUCACGCUCUCUACUUGUUUUCUAGGCUGACUGCAUGCGCUUCUUUGCUCACUUGUCAGUGUUACUGUCGUUCGUGCUAUCGUGGUGCUCGGUGUCGGCCAGCAGUGCCCACCAAUUCCAGCGACGCCAUCAUGAUGGAAAGCGUCUGAAUUCGGCCCUCGCCGUUCGAGACUCAGGAGAUGUUGAUAUGUACAAACGCGAUUUCCCCAAUUCCCGUUUCACAUUUUAUGCGGUCGGUCUGGGUGCUUGCGGUAAAGUAAACCAAGACAGCGACAUGGUAGUCGCAAUGAAUACACAGCAAUUCAGUGGAUCAUGCUUUCAAAUGAUCACGAUUACUUGCAACGGAGUGUCAUUGCAGGCUCAGGUUGUUGACGAGUGUAUGGGAUGCCCCUACGGUGGCCUUGAUUUUUCGGAAGGCCUUUUCCAGGGUUUCGGUCCACUUGGUGCCGGUGUGCUCACUGGAACAUGGUCCUUCAAUAGUGCCUCUGCUCCGGCACCGUCACCUAGUACAUCCACCUAUCAACCGCCCCCAACCACUACCUCGCAGCCCCAACCAACGCCAACGCCAACCUCAACCCCACCUCCUCCACCUUCGACAACCUCGAGUCCCAGCCCUACACCGUCCUCAUCUUCGAUAACUUCAAGUUCAAUCAGCUCCUCAACCUCAAACACUUCUAUUUCGUCGUCGCCUUCGGCGUCGAGCAGUGCCUCGAGCACAACAAGUGCCGAUUCUGUAUCGGAGACCGCUGGGUCUGUUCCUGCGUCUGUCGGAGACUCUUCCGCUCUCAUGAACCUCAACCUGGCAAUGGUGUACCUUGGCGGACUUCUUAGUGACGCUCAGACGUAAUAUUAGCUGUUUCAAUUUCGCAUUCUGCUGCGAAUUACUUUACAAAAGUAUGGCAUUGCUAUAUCUACUUUGUGGACGUUUCUCUAGCUCGUUAAGAUUCAAAGGACUUAUUCUUCAGCCAGUAGCUGCUAUACCCACAUAA